AUGCAGCGGCGUUGGCGCUUGAUUCAAGACUCGGGCUGGGUUCUCAGUCAGGCGAAUAGCUAUUCUCCAAGAGAUCAAAGACUCAAACCUCAGACAUUGAAUCACGACUACAACGACGAUAUGGCCAGUUUUGCCAGAACCAUCAAAUCUCCUUAUCUUUCACCCCGACUUCGACCUUCCAUGCCAGGGCGCUCCAUGUCUACGAACUCCGACCAAGCUAGCCAAGCCAACCCUCCUCCUCCUCCUCAAAGCCCACGAUCAGGUGAAAUUAUCGGCGAAUUCGACCUGUCUGGACGAAACACCCCAGCGAUUCCAUCCAGAAGACCAAAUGAACUACAAGACGGAUUCUUUGACCUUGAUGACAUUGAACCUCGUACUUCCUACUUCUCAGACGACAACGAGAAGUCUGCUCCUGGCACUCCAUCAGCUCCUCCAUCUGCCCCCUCAACCCCGCGCAGCCGCAGCCGCAGCCACGUUCGACCUAUAGCUAUCGAUCUACCUCAAAUCAGACGUUUCACUUCUGCUCCCGCGCGCACGCCUCCCGAACCCUUAUCAGCAAGAGGUGACCUUCCUGGAGGUUACUUCCCACUUCACGAGGAUCCCAACAGUCGUGUCCAUCGGCCACACCCUUUCCAGCAUCAUCCCGACACUCGCAUGAGUCGUCUCAUCUCUGAAUCUGGACCAAUCUAUGCCGACUCUCCCACUUCUCAUCCAGCUCAAAGUGCAGUCAUGUCUCACUCAAACACUCCCGUCGCCUCUUACCUUGCUCCAGGCUUCCACGACCAGCCUGUCCCCAUGGGCAAAUACUACCCAUCUAACUACGAAAGGAAAUAUGGUGCCCAAUCAGUUCGACCUCCCUUGUCUGGAAGCGUAUCCUCCAAUGUUGGAUACGAUUCCAGUGCAAUCCCCCAUGCAAGUGGCCAGGCGAAACUCGACAGCGAGCUUCGUCGCAAAUUGCUCCAGUAUAAGCGCGAUAUGGUUACACAAACAAGUAUGGCUGCAAAUGAAUUCAUUGGUAGCUCGGCCAAGUCUGGCGACAAGCCUGGACUGUCACUCAAUGACCUCCCCUUCCGGGACUGUCGCUUUGCUACUCCCGGCUAUCAGAAGCCCUUAUCCCCCCGACUUCUUCCCAUAUCAAGUCCCGGUCCUAUCACCCCCAUGGAGCUUGAAAAAGCCACCGCUGGUGGUGACUACAUGAGUCGCUAA